AUGGAGCAUGAUUGUUGCAAGUUUGUGCAGAAAUGUCAUAAAUGUCAAGUACAUGACGAUUUGAUUCGAGUCCCGCCUCAUGAACUCAAUGUUAUGAGUUCGCCGUGGCUGUUUGUAGCUUGGGGCAUGGAUGUCAUUGGUCCAAUAGAGCCACCUGCCUCCAAAGGACACAGAUUCAUUUUGUUUGCCAUUGACUACUUCACCAAGUGGGUGGAAGCAGCUUCGUAUAAGUCGGUAACUAAGAAAGUUGUACUUGAUUUUGUUCGUAACAAUUUGAUAUGUAGGUUUGGGGUACCAGAAUCCAUCAUUAUUGAUAAUGGAGCGAAUCUCAACAGUCAUCUGGUGAGAGAGAUAUGUGAGCAAUUCAAGAUUACUCACCGGAACUCAACCGCCUAUCGUCCCCAAAUGAAUAGAGCUGUAGAAGCCGCCAACAAGAACAUCAAGAAGAUUUUGAGGAAAAUGAUUGAUAAUUAUCGAGUAUAUGGAACAGAAGCAGUUAUACCUGCAGAAGUUGAAAUACCUUCAUUGAGAAUCAUCCAAGAAGCUGAAUUAAAUGAUAUUGAAUGGGUUCGCAAACAGAUUGAUCAAUUAACAUUGAUUGAUGAGAAGAGAAUGAUUGUUGUUUGUCAUGGACAAUUGUAUCGACAGAGAAUGAUUCGUGCUUUCCGAAAAAGAGUAAGAGCCAGGAUAUUUGAAAUCGGCCAGUUGGUUUUCACACGUAUUUUCCCUCAUCAGCAUGAGUACAAAGGGAAAUUCGCACCAAAUUGGCAAGGAUCCUACAUGGUUCGCAAAGUGUUAUCUAGAGGUGUCUUGGUCCUGUCGGAGAUGGAUGGUACCGAAUGA